AUGAAUGAAAUUUCUAAGGGCGGAACUAUCAUUUCCGGAUCGUCCGAAAGAAUUAUAUUCAGAAGAGAUCAUGAGUCCGAUGAUGAUUUCCAACCUCCAAAAAAGCGGAAAAAAACAAUUAUCUCUUUCGAAAAAGAGAUACCAAGCGGUAUAAACGAAGUUAAUAGUCCCGGAUAUGGUAGACCACAUACACCGCCUCAUCAAAUACACUCUACAUCGAAGAAUCAAGAUUUACUUAGACGAUUAAGAGGUGAGACACAACAAGCGAAAUCCCCAAUGGAACUCAUUUGCUCGAACAUAAUGGAUACCACAAAUAAGCACUUAAUGAAAAGACUAAAACUCAAUCGUGAUUAUCAUUGGGGGCCUAUCAUUAAUGAUACGACCAAAUAUAUCGAUGAACUGAUUGAGAAUAGUGAUAUUUGUAAUGAUCUUCGUCAGAAACUCCAAGCCCCAUUCGUACCAUCAGGGGAAAUCUAUUCAUUUGACAAACAUUACGAAUUAAACUGGUAUUUAUAUUCUGACACUCACAUUUCCUUCUUAUCCCUGCCACUAGGUUAUCUUUUGGUGCCAUUAAUUGAUGAUUUUUUCCUAACAUAUGAUAUGGAGUAUUUCGGCGCGGAAACAUUCAUUGAUGAAGAUCCCCAUAAUUCGAAGCCGAUUUCUUACAAGUACAAACUAUUUAGGGAAAUGAAAGAUCAAUUAGAUCGUCUAUUGAAGAAAUUGAAAUUCACGAAAGAAACGAUAAAAAAGGUGGAAAGUAUUGUUCUGCAUGGAGGUUUUAAUGGAACAAUGUACGCUAUGCAUUACGAUGUGGAUCUCAAAUAUUAUUUUGUGUUUGAGUUGUGCCAAUAUCGAAUUGGAACAACAUUGAUUGAGAAGUGUCCCAGAAAGUCUCGUUGCUCUAAAGGAUGUGUUGCGAUUGAAGGUACAUUCCUAUAUAUUGUCAAAUUGCCGAUUGAAUUUCUAAUCAUUUCUUCCUGA